UGAACUACCGACGUUUAUGCAGAGAAGAAAGCAGCGAUGGCUGAAUCAACCGAGCACGUUGAGGGAGGAAAUUUGUCUCCCAUUUCCCCCCUCAACGAGGACACUGAGGACGAGGACGUUGGGGGGGCAAAUACGACUCCUAUGUGUCCCCCCAACGAGGACGUUAAGGACGAGGAUGUUGAGAGCGCAAAAACGACUUGUAAUUGCCCGCCCAAAGUUCCCUGCAUAUUAGUUGUUGUUGUAGGUGCAGUUUUUCUAAUUGUAGGUGCUCUAGCAGCUGGUCUACCAGCUGGUUUUAUUGGUUUUUGGAAGGGUAAAAGUGAGUGUGUCAAGGACCCCAGUGCUAAUUGCCCUUUUUCAAAAGCUGCUGUGGCCGCAGACUCCGAGAAAUGUUCACGGAUUGGACGGGACAUUCUUCAGAAAGGCGGCUCUGCAGUAGAUGCUGCCAUUGCUGCGCUGCUGUGCACCUCCAUCAUCAACCCACAGUGCGCAGGGAUCGGAGGCGGGGUCAUAUUCACUGUGAUGGACAGCUCCGGUAAAGUGAAAAUCAUCAACUCCAGAGAGACUGUCCCCAGGAAGGUGACCUCUGACCUGCUUAAGUCGUGUCCUGAAACCACAAAGUGGAGCAUGAAGUGGCCGCAAGGGGGAAAACUCACACUGGAGGACUUGGCAUUGUAUCAAGCUAAUGUGACUGAUGCGUGGAAUAUUUCUUUGGGAGAGUACCGGAUGUACUUCCCUCCGCCCCCUGCAGGAGGAACCAUACUCAGCCUCAUCCUCAACAUCAUGAAAGGAUACAAAAUGGAAUCAGAACCUAAUACUACUGAUGAAAAGAUUUUGUUUUAUCACCGUUAUAUUGAAGCUUUAAAAUUUGCCAAUGGAUUAAAGAAACAUAUCAGAGAUCCAAACUUCAGCUCAGAUAAAAUGGCAAAGAAUUUGACAGAGGAUAGCUUUGCCAACCACAUACGGAGCUUGAUCAGCAGCGACAAGACUCACGAUCCCCAGUAUUACGGCAAAAACUCGUAUCUGGACAGCAUCGGCACCACACAUGUAUCUGUGCUGGCUGAAGAUGGAUCUGCUGUGUCUGUCACCAGCAGCAUCAAUGAUGAAUUUGGGUCCAAUGUCCUCUCUUCAAGCACUGGAAUCAUCCUCAACAACCACCUAAAUGACUUCUGUGGUAGAGCUGAUAACAUCUUUCAUGUUGAUGGUCUUGAAGCUCUGGGACACAAAGUAGCAAAAUUCUACAACACAGUUAACGCUGUGGAAAAAGCGGGCAACUGUAUCUCUGCAUGGUCUGAUGAAAGGAAAAAUGGCAAAGCAGCUGGUUACUGAGACCAAGAAUCAGUGAUGUUAGUUAUAGAGUAUGGUCUUAAGGUUAUGAUAGCAGAGCUGUUUGUUUUAAUUUUUUCUAAAUCUCUCAGUCAAAACAUGGUGUAUUAUGUGGAAGCUAGUGA